CGAAAAAAGAUCCGUGUCCGGAUGUGCCAGCAGUUUCGGGUUUUUUCGCAUGGCGUAGGCAACCUUUUCUGAAGCGGGAUAUUCUUGACGUUUGGCGGGUCGGAGGAGCCCCCCCCCCCCCGGGUCGCCAGCGUAUCCCCACUAACAGACACGCCACCUCUACAUUUUGCCGAUUUGGGGAAGAAAACGAUCAGCGACAUGAUUGUGCAAUAGAGAGGAGGAAGCGCUGCACGUCUUGACUACCUCUGUGUUGACUGUGGAGAAAGAGAGAGAGAGGCGGAGAGAGAGAGCUAGAGAGAGAUAGAGAGACAGAGAGAGAGAGAGAGAGAGCAAGUCACCAGGGAUAAAUUGUGUUUUUGUUUCCUCUUCUAAACCCCAACAACGACGCGUUUUUCAGAGCUUGUGACAGCUAUUACAACGGAGACGAAAAGAGGGAAUAUUCGUGUCCUUGCCUUGUGUGUGUGUGUGUGUGUGUGUGUGUCUGCUGGUGUGUGUGUAUGCGUGUGUGUGUGUGAACACCUCCGAGGACUGGAUAACCCUUCGCGAUGACGGCCAGCACCCCAGCGGACAUGAUAAACCUGCGGCUCAUUUUAGUCAGUGGGAAGACGAAAGAAUUCCUCUUCUCUCCCAAUGACUCGGCUGCAGACAUUGCCAAACACGUCUAUGACAACUGGCCGAUGGACUGGGAGGAAGAGCAGGUCAGCAGUCCUAACAUCCUGAGGCUGAUCUACCAAGGACGUUUUCUACAUGGCAACGUAACACUAGGAGCCCUCAAACUGCCCUUGGGGAAGACCACAGUGAUGCAUUUAGUUGCCAGAGAGACUUUGCCUGAGCCAAAUUCCCAAGGUCAGAGGAAUAGAGAGAAGACAGGGGAGAGUAACUGCUGUGUCAUUCUGUAAAAAAAAAAACCACCUCCGCUCCCGUCCCGACACCCUUCUCGUCCGUUCUCGCCCUCAACAUUGUGGACCUAAUGAGCUUGUCCCCCUGUCCUGGAGCCUUUCCACAAAGCGGAAAUGCAUACAUACAAACACACAAACACACAAACACACACACACACACACACACACACACACACACACACACACACACACACACACACACACACACACACACACUCUUCCCUUUUUCUUUUUCUUACCUCUCUCAUAUACUCACACAUACAUGGCAAGACAGAAAGCUCAGUCAGGCUGAUCCGGGACACAGAGUUGGGAGCAGGAUAUUGAUUAACGAUAGAGUUGAUUCCUUUGUUGUACAUGAUUUGUUGUCAUAACUGAAAAUUAGAGGAAAGAACUGGAUUUGAAUUUUGUUUCUUUCUUUUCUUAAUGCACAAACUCUUAAGCCUUCCGCCAUACACAUGCAAACACACACACACACACACACACACACACACACACACACACACACACACACAUACAAUAGACGUACACGCAUUGUCAAGCCAUCCCAGCUGGUCUGUUGAAAGUCAGUUUCCAGCUGGCUCUUCAAUCUAGCUGGUUGUAAUAGUAAUGCAGUGCCAGAGUUUGUGUGUGUGGCCUUGUUUUCUCCUACAGACCGCUGAGAAUUUUAACCACUAACAACUCACCAACGUACGAACACACACACACACACACACACACACACACACACACACAAACACACAGUGACGCCCUGUCUACACAUCCAGCCAUAUGUGCUUGUGUGAUGUCCCUCAGUGCAGCAGAUGAAGCUUAGACGUGCCUGAUCAGAGAACUCGAACCAGGACACACACACACACACACACAAAUAUACACACACACACACACACCUGUGUCCUUUAAACUGCCCUCCUCUGCAUGUGCCCUGGAAGGUCACAGGAGAGAAAUCACUCCGUUUUAUCUGCAGAGCGCUGUACUCUCUCAGUCGUCACAUUUUAGCCAAACAAAGCCUAAACAAACAAACAAAUAGACGGACAACCAGUGCUGGUGGUCUUGUUUUUGGUUACUUGUUUGUCCAUGACAUUUGUGACUGUGUUUUGACAGUCCGUGCAUAUGACUGACCGACCAGUGUUGUGAUAGUAAGACGUCAUGCCCGUUUUCUUCCCUCCCUGAUCCCCGCCGCACCAUCCCCCUCCUCAAGGAAAGGCUCGUUGUGCUCCUUUUUUAACAGUGUUGCAAAGGAUCUCUCUGACAACUGCUGUCCUAGCAGGGAAAUUAACUCUGAAUCACAGUGCUCCUCGUUUGUCUUAAUUUGCUUCUUACUCUCUCCUUAAUUCUCUUUCUGCAUUAAUAAGUCCAUUUUGCACAACUGAAGCAUGUGCUCCUUCAUCAGAUUAAUAAAAAUGUAUAAAAAGUUUUAUGGUUUUAUUUUAUAUUUUUCCAAUGGAAGUAAUGUUCCAAACUAAGGUAAUGUGUAGAAUAUAUUUAAUAUGAAUCUUAUAUAGAUCAUGAUGACUCUAGAUCUUGUUGAUAUACAGUAUAUUGGUGUUUAGUCUAUGAUUGUGUAUGCGGUUAGCUUCUAGCCAGUUCACAGUCACUCGCUGACAAUGUCUUGUGCUUAACAGCAGCAAAACCUCCCUAAUCAUGGACGGACUGUAUUUUUAUUUUCUAUUUUCUUUCUUUCUUUCUUUCUUCUUUUAUUUUUCAUGUUUAUAAUUUAAUGUAAUCCUUUUUCUUUGUGGUUUUUUUGCUUUAAAAUAAUCGCUUUGUAACAGCACUAGGUCUUAAAAAAAAAUAUUGUUUAUAUUGAUCAGGGUUCAAAUCUGUACAGAGAUAAACAUUUUCAAACCAAUUGUAAAUAGCACUAAUGCUCCCUCUCCCUCCUCCAAACUUCAAAAUGGAAUA